AUGUCAGAUUUAGAACAUAAUCAUUAUGAAAUGGUACCUGGUACAGUACACUUAGUUGAUAUGCUAGGUGAUUUAAAAGUACAAAAGGGUGAGGGUAAUAUCAUUCUUAUUCCUCAACCUAGUGCAAAUAUCAAUGAUCCCUUAAGAUGGAGUACAAGAAAGAGAUACUUUCAAUUUGCUUUGGUUUUCGUUUGGUCUUUCUUAUUAGCAGCCGGUUGUAAUUUAUCAGGUCCAAUUUUUGCUGAAUGGACAGUUGUAUUUAAUUGCUCAUUCUUUGAUUUAACAUCUACCGUGGCUAUUGCUUGUUUCUUCUUAGGUAUUGGUUGUGUGGUUUUGCAACCAACUGCCCUUAAAUUAGGAAGAAGGUUUGUUUAUUUGCUUUGUACUAUAAUCAUGAUGGUUAGUCAAGCUAUAAGAAGCAGAGCCACCAACCUUGGAUACUUAUAUGGAAGCGCAGUAUUAGCUGGUUUUAGUGCUGCUCCUGUUGAUUCAUUAGUUGAAAUCUCAACCACUGAUAUUUUCUUUCAGCAUGAAAGAUCAACGGCAAUGGGUCUUGUUAUCUUUGCCUUAUGUGCUGGUAAUAACCUUGCCCCUGUUGCUACAGGGUAUAUUGCUACCAGUAUGGGUUGGAGAUGGGUAUUUUAUAUGAUGAUUAUUAUCCUUGCUGUUACAUUUGUAGUCCAGUUAUUUUUAAUGGAAGAUACUUCAUUUAGAAGAAGUUCCGAUAUUACAGUUUUAGAAGCAGAAAUUUUAACUCAAAUUAAAUCUCGUGAAACUAUAGAUGCAAAAGGUGGUCGUACUGAUAUCAAAACUGAAGAAGUUAGUGAUAUAGAUAUGCAUUCUGAUGAAAAGACUCACGGCGAAGAUGAUGAAAGUAGUAUCCCUCUUAGAUCCUAUGCACAAAGAAUGGCAAUCAUUCAUCGUGAAUAUAAUGAUACAAGACCAUGGAUAAAAAUCUUUUUUAGACCAUUCCUUUUGGUUAGAUUCCCAGCUUUCAUUUGGGGUGGAUUUAUUUAUGGUGUUACAGUUAUGUGGAUUACAUUAUUAGCCAGUACAACUUCUGAAAUAUAUGGUCUUCCCCCAUAUAACUUCACUCCUAAUCAAGUUGGAUUAACUAAUUUAGGAGCAGCUAUUGGUUCAUUUGUGGGAAUGUUCUUUGGAGGACCAUUUGUCGAUUAUGUCGUUAUUCAAUUAUCAAAGAGAAAUAAUGGUAUUUUUGAACCCGAAUUUAGAUUAUAUGCCCAUAUAAUCCCAACCAUUUUGAAUUCAGCUGGAAUUCUUGCUUAUGGUUUAACUUCGUAUAGUGGAGCUCAUUGGGCAAUAAGUGUAGUUUUAGGUCAAGGAUUAAUUGGAUUUUCAAUGAGUGCUGCUGGUUCAAUCUCAUUAUCAUAUCCUAUUGAUUGUUAUCAAAAAAUUGCCAGUGAAGGUUUAGUAUUAAUUCUUUUUAUUAGAAAUAUGAUUGCUAUGGGUUUCUGUUUUGCUCUUCAACCAUGGAUUGAUGCUUGUGGUUUGAAAGUUACAACUUGGCUUUUAUUCUUAAUUUCAAUGGCUCUUAAUGGUACAUUCAUCCUCAUGAUUCUUUUCGGAAAGAGAUUUAGAAGAUGGACGGCCGAUGCUUAUGAAAGAUAUUCCGAUCCUACUUAUACAGGAUUUUAA